GGGUUGCUGUAAGUAACAUCAUAAAUGCACUGAGGCUGUGAAGAGGGAACUUGGAAACGUCAAGUAAUGCGACGCCAAAGCAGACUGAUAGACACCAGAACAAAUAUAGUCCUACCUGAUUUAAAGGUGUUUACUCACUAAGCAUCUUUUUCUGCAGUUGUGGGGAAUUUCUCUGGAUUUUUUUUAUCAAGUGCUCUUUUGGCUCUUUUUUGUUGUGCCAACUGAACAUUGAAAAGUGGAGAUGAAUUCUACCGCUUUCAAUCAAACGGACAGUGCAGGACUUUUCAACAAGACUGAAGAUAUAUUUUGUUGUAACUUUUCAUCGGUGGUGACUGAUAAUGGCUUCGUGGCGGCGACUCCGGAUGAGAGAAGUCUCUUUCUCAUGAGAGUUGUCCAGAUAGCAGUUAUGUGCGUGUUAUCGCUCACGGUGGUUUUCGGUAUAUUCUUUUUGGGCUGCAAUCUUCUCAUCAAGUCAGAGGGAAUGAUCAACUUUUUGGUGACGGACAGAAGACCAUCCAAAGAGGUAGAAGCAGUCAUUGUUGGUGCAUAUUAGUAGCCUAAAGGGCUCUUUGGGAGACUUUGUCAAAAUGACUUGUCCUACCACUGAUGCCCAGAUGAUGAAUCCACUUUUCACCAACAGCAGAGACAGAGAUACAUGAAUGUGAAAGCAUCUGUUGUUCUGCUCCUGGCUCACCUCAUCUGGGCAUCAGCACCACCCCCAGCUCCCCAGGGGGAACCAAACAGCACCUCCACAAAAUGAUUUGUCUUGUCAACCCAGACCAAGGAGGACGAAGCCACAGUACAAUCUGCUGCAUUCUGAUAGGCCACCUGUGUCCCUGUGCUCCAUGGACAGAGUUAAAACUAAAAAAACGACUACAGUUGUUUUACUUCCUCCAAAAUCAUGCUUCCUGCCUGCCUGGUGGUUGAGGACAAAUCAAUCUGGCGACCCAUCAGAGUUAACUGAAUUGCAUUUGACAUGGCCCAUUAUGAUGUGUUAUGAUUGAUGGACGGCAGCAUAGCCUACAGGGUGCGUCUCCGGCCAAAGUCCCCAGCCACUAUAUAUAUUAAUUACAAAUAGGACAUUUUGUUUGUUAAAUGGUCUUUAAAACUAAUAAUAUGUCAUUAAGCAUUUUAUGGGCAGUCAUUACAGAGAAAUUCAUGAUAUUGCCAUUUUCCCUAGAUAAAAUCCUCUAAGCACAAAAGUGUUAAAAGUAUCUCAUACAUAAGUGUCAAUUUGGUUGAAUGUGAGUAUGCAUUCAACACUAUACUCUGAGUAACUCAAUGAAGUUAACUCAAUGAAGUGUUACCCAUUAGUUGAAAUGGUCAGACAGUAGUCAUAUAGAGAUGGAUGAUUAGAUUACCCUGAAUAAAUUUGUGGUAGACUAUGAGUUGUGAAAACUGACCUAACCUAAACUAUGUUUAGCAUCAUCCAGUUAUUAAAGCGGAUUUAAGAUUGUAUCAUUUUUGUUACUUUCAUCGAAGCAUCUUCUCUCUUCCUGUAUUUAAUUGUAUUGUAUUCUAAUUAUUUAUUGCAUUAUUAAACAUUUAUUUCAUUUA